GCCCUCUUAGCUGCAUGUGUGUGUGUGUCUGUUACAUGUUGAAAACCAGGUAAUUAUUUACCACGUGGUGUUUAUCUUUUCAUGAGGUAAAAUAAAAGAGAGAGGACAGAGCUGAUAAGACAUGUAUAGAGAGAGGGAGUGUGAGAAAGACUGUGCCCGAGCUGAUUGACUGAUCCUGAUUCAUUGUGUUUUAAUGUAUACUGAUACAUUCUUAUGGUGCACACACUAGUGCUGAAAUGACUGGUAGAUUGAGUAGUGUAGGAGUUCAUUGUUGUCCUUUAUUAAGCAAAAAUGGUAAUUAUUUGUGGUUGCAGCUCUUAGGAUUUUCUACUUAUCUUUCUCUUAUGUCUUUGUAAAUUAAAUAUCUGUAGGCUUUGGACCACUGGUUGGACAAAACAAGAGAUUAAAAGAGCAUUGCUUUGUGCUUAGGGGCAUUUGUUAGUCUUUAAUUGAUUAAUUGUAAAGAUAAUUGAGGGAUUAAUCAAUAUAACAAAUAUUUGCCAACCUAGCAGAGACUAUGUGAGAUCCCCUCAUUUUUAUCUGGUGCAGCACGGUGACUUAAUUCUCCAAAUUUACAGUAAUAAGACAGUUUAGUGACAGACAAGUGCAGAGGCGUACUGUCAGCUAAAAUAUUGACAUUAGUAGAGGAACACAUGCAUGAGAUGAGCAAGACGAUGCAGUAAAAUUAGAAAAAGGCAGAAAAGUGGGCGUUUGAGAAGCUUCUGCUCAUGUGCUGCUCUGUAAUCAGCUCCAGUAUGUUGAUCCAGCAGGCAGCUGAAAGUCACACACACACACGAAGAAGACAAUGUGAAGCAGACUGCAUGACAAAUGUGACAGUCAAACAUUCAUGCACAAACUCAACAACAUACCACGCUACUUUGAAAAAAAAAAAAAAAAAGCACAGCUGAGCUCUGAGUAAUAAAACACGCCCCCUUUAAAAAAAAAAAAAAAUUCCUUCUCAUACACACGCUCACACUCACUCACUCUAGACGCAAGUGAAACACAUGUUUCUGGCUCUGGCAGUGACAUCACCCGCCUUGUGGUCAAAGUCCAGUUCCACUAUCCGGCUUAGAGCUGCUAACACACCAGUCAGUCAGUCAGCGCUACUGUAACCACUGACACUCGGCAGAGGGAAGACCGGUAAAAGAAGAAGAAUAGAAGCGAGUAAGAGAUGAGGGAUUAUCUACGUGAUUAAGGAUGGCUCUUCUUUGACAGCCUGGAUCCAGCGGGCCGCACUGAUCAACUGCAGCCUCCUUCUCCUCCCUCCUCCUUCUCCUCCCCCUCCUCUUCCCUCUACCUUCACUCCUUUUCUGCUCUGUUUUCAUUCUUACCACUUCACUUGUAUCACUCUCCUUGUGGUUUCUAGUUCACUUUUCCACUCCAUUUCUUUGCCACCAUUUCUUACCAGUUUCCUGUACUGUCCCUCUACUUUUACUUAGUUAUUUCUCUGUUUUUUCAUUCCUCUGUCCCCCUCUCUCUUCCUCUCUUCUCUCUGGGAGGGAGGGAUGAGUGCCACGGCUGCUUACAGGCAGUUCCUCCAGGAUCUGGAGGAGAAAAGAGAUGAGCGGGACAGGGUGCAGAAGAAAACCUUCACAAAAUGGGUCAACAAGCAUCUCAUCAAGGUGAGGAAGCACAUCACAGACCUGUACGAGGACCUGAGGGAUGGACACAACCUGAUUUCCUUGCUGGAGGUCCUCUCUGGAGUCACCCUGCAACAGAAGAGCGGCCCUCCAUUGAAAAGGGCAUACGCCUCGCGGGCCCCCCCUCUCAUCUUGCUCGGAGGGGAGGAUGAGGAGGAGGAAGGAGCUCAGGGACCCAGAGAAAAGGGGCGAAUGAGAUUUCAUCGACUACAGAAUGUCCAAAUAGCGUUGGACUUCCUCAAACAGAGACAGGUCAAACUUGUGAACAUCAGGAACGAUGACAUCACCGAUGGGAACCCCAAGCUGACGUUAGGUCUCAUCUGGACCAUCAUCCUUCACUUCCAGAUUUCAGAGAUUUAUGUGAGUGGUGAGUCAGGCGACCUCACAGCCAAAGAGAAGCUGUUAUUAUGGAGCCAGCAGGCGACAGAAGGCUACCCCGGCCUCCGCUGUGUCAACUUCACCUCAUCCUGGAGCGACGGACGCAUGUUCAACGCUCUGCUGCACAGAUACAGGCCAGACCUGAUCAACAUGGAGGUGGUGUCGCGGCAGAGUAACCGCGAAAACCUCGAGCAGGCCUUUGAGAUCGCCGAGUCGCUAGGGGUGACCAGACUGCUGGACGCUGAGGACGUUGAUGUUCCAUCUCCAGAUGAGAAGUCGGUCAUCACCUAUGUCUCCUCCAUCUAUGAUGCCUUCCCCAAAAUCCCUGAGGGAGGAGAGGGCAUCACCGCACAGGAGGUGGACCAGCGCUGGUCAGAGUACCAGUCCAGGUUCUCCUCUCUGCUCCAGUGGAGCCGCCAGCAUACGGUCCUCAUGGCCAACAAAAACUUCCCACAAAACCCUGUGGAACUCAAGGCACUUUACAACGAGUACGUCCAUUUCAAAGAGACAGAGAUCCCUACGAAGGAGAUCGAGAAAGGUCACAUAGAACACCUCUACAAACUGCUGGAGGUGUGGAUAGAGUUCGGUCGUAUUAAGCUUCCUCAGGGCCUCCAUCCCAAUGACCUCGAGGAGGAGUGGGGCAAACUCAUCCUGGAGAUGCUGGAGAGAGAGAAGGCUCUACGGCCGGCUGUGGAGAGGCUAGAGCUGCUGCUUCAGAGGGCCAAUAAGAUCCAGAACAUGGCUCUGGACUGUGAGGAGAAACUCACGCUCGCUAAGAACACACUCCAGGCUGACAUGUCUCGAGUGGAGAGCGGCGAGGCGGUGCAGUGUGAGCGAGAGCUGGCCUGCUACCUGCAGGACUGCGAGACUCUGAUCAGACAACUCAACCAGGAACUGAAAGUCCUCCGAGAUGAGAAAUACUACCAGGUGGAGCAGCUGGUGUUCAGAGUGUCCUGCCUUCAGGAGGAGCUGGUCUCCCUCAGACUGCAGUGCUCCAGUGUCUACAGGAAAGGCAACUUCACCCAGGCGCUGGGCACCACGGGGGCAGAGUAUCCCAGCCAGAGAGCCACAGACAGCGGCCUGACGUUGGGCCAGACACUGCUGGGAGCUGUGGGGGCUGUGGGUGCAGUCGGUGCUGCACUCCUGCGGCGACCCACAGCUCGCUCUCAGCUGGUGGCUAUGUCGUCAUCAGAGGACGAGGGGAGCCUGAGGUUCAUCUAUGAGCUGCUCGGAUGGGUGGAGGAGACGCAGGAGCUUUUGGAGCGUGCUGAAUGGGGCGCAGACCUUCCCUCUGUAGAAAACAACCUCCAAGAGCACAACACCAUACACACUGCAGUGGAAGAGCUAAUGAGUGGCCUACAGGAGGCACGCAGCUACGAGGCUAAAGUUUCUCCAAACUUCAAGAGCAGUUACUCUGAAACCCUGGCCAAGCUGGAGCAUCAAUACUGCAAACUACUGGAACAUUCGUCAUGGCGCCUGCGGAGCUUGGAGAGCCUGCAUGCAUUUGUGUCGCACUGCACUGAGGAGCUGAUCUGGCUCAACGAGAGGGAAGAGGAGGAGAUUGCCUUCGACUGGAGCGACAACAACACCAACAUGAACGCCAAGAGAGACUUAUACAGCGAAAUGAGGUUAGAGCUGGAUGAAAAACAAGACGUGAUGCGGUCGCUCCAGGAAACAGCCAACCGUCUGUGUCUCGAGAACCAUCCAGCCAAACAGACUGUGGAGGCAUACAGUGCAGCCCUGCAGACUCAGUGGCAGUGGGUGAACCAGCUCUGUGUGUGCGUGGAGCAGCAUCUCAAAGAUAACACGGCAUACUUCCAGUUUAUGAGCGAUGCUCGGGACUGUGAGUCGUAUCUACGCCAGCUUCAGGAAACCAUCAAGAGACAGUACACCUGUGACAAGAACAGCAGACUGAGCAAACUGGAAGACCUGCUGCAGGACUCAAUGGAGGAGAAGGAGCAGCUGAUUGAGUACCGCAGCACGGUGGCAAGCCUGGUCGGCCGAGCGAAGACGGUGGUGCAGCUCCGCCCCCGCAACGCAGAGAGCACCCUGGGAGCCACAACACCCAUUAAGGCCAUCUGUGACUACAGACAGAUAGAGACAAACGUUCAGAUCACAAUAAACCGAGGCGAGGAGUGUGUGCUUGAGGACAACUCCCAGAGGACCAAGUGGAAGGUUAUCAGUACGACAGGGAAUGAGGCCAUGGUCCCCUCGGUGUGUUUCACCGUCCCACCUCCAAACCAGGAGGCCAUGGACACAGCCAGCAGGACGGAGCAGCUUUAUCAGAAGGUCAUGUCUCUCUGGCAUCAGCUACAUGUGAACAUGAAGAGUGUAGUGUCCUGGCACUACCUGCAAAAAGACAUCAGGACUGUCUCCGGAUGGAACCUGGACACGGUUCGUUGUCAGUCCCCAUCAGAGCGGCAGCAGGUCCUGGAUCACUUGGAGUCUCAGUUGGCUGACUUCCUGUCUGACAGCAAAGAGAGUUCCAUGUUCACACCAGGUGAAAGACGAGAGCUUGAGAGGGAUGUUCAGCAGGCCCAACAGCACUGCAAAGACUUGCUGCACAACAUGGAGACCGUGGAGAAAGAUGAGUCAGUCUCUCGGUCAUACCUGUCGGAGCUGCAGAACAUAACCCUUCAGCUAAAGGAGGCUGAGCAGAGACUGAUGAGGGCAAUUGAAACUCCGCCCCCCAGCCGGCUGUCAGGUGACAGUGCUGACUACACUGUCCAGAUAGCAGAGCAAGAGAAGCUGCAGUCAGAGCUUGAUGUCCUGCGCUCCAGUUUGGGUGAUGUGUCUCGGCGCUGCGUCAGUUUCUUUGAGGAGAAGUCAACAUCAUCCAGCGUUCCCAUCCUCCGAUCUGAGCUCAAUCAAGCCGUGGAGAAGACUGACAAACUGCACAACCUCUCGUCUGUCUACCUAGAAAAGUUAAAAACAGUAGACAUCCUGAUGCACAGCCUAGAUGAAGCAGAGAGCGUGGUCAGGAAGAACGAGAGCAGACUAAGUGAAGAGGACAUUGUUCCUGCUGACACAACGGCCAUUCAAAAUCUCAGAGAUCAACUAGGGAAGUGGCAGGCUGAGCUUGUCGAGCACGAAGGUAUCUUCCAGUCUCUGCAGUCGGAGGUAGGUCGGGCCAAAGAGGCGGGGUCUCAGCUCAGCAGGCUCCACCCAGACCGCAGCCCAGAGCUGGAGCGCUACCAGGAGAGAGCCAAUCAGAUGACAGAGAGGUGGAGCGGAAUCAAGAGACAAAUGGAGACACGACGAACCGAUCUAGAUGCCCUGGGCUCGGCCCUGCAGCAGUACAGAGAUGGUCAUUCUGCUCUGAUCAAAUGGAUCGAAGAAACGACAGAAAGACAAGAAAACACACAACCUGGACAGACAGACAGCAAAGCACUGUCUGAACAGUUGGCCCAGCAGACGGCAUUAGUAGCUGAGAUUGAACAGAACCAGACCAAACUGGACGAGUGCCAGACUCACUCCAAACAGUACUGCACCUCAGUGAAGGAUUAUGAACUUCAGCUGAUGACCUACAGAGCCUUUGUAGAAUCUACACACAAGUCACCUGUCAAGAGGAGGAGGAUGCACUCUUCCUCUGACGCCAUCACUCAGGAGUUUAUGGACUUGCGCACACGAUACACAGCCUUGGUCACCUUGACGACCCAACAUGUAAAGUACAUCAGUGAUGCAUUGAGAAGACUAGAAGAAGAAGAGAAAGAGGUGGAGGAGGAGAAGCAGGCCAGGGUGGGGCAGGUUUCAGACCUGCUUGGCUGGGUCAAAGGCCUCCAGGGGCGGACUGGGGGCCCCAACGCUGAGUCUUCACUUGCUGCUCAACAGGCCAUCAGUGAACAGCUGGCAGCCAAGAAAGAUGAAGUGGCUGAAGCCAUAAGGAGCACUCAGGUCUUCCUGCUAUCAAAACAGGCCAGCAAGUUGUCCCCAGAGGAGCGAGCUCAAGUUGAGGCCCAGCUGGACGAGCUGACGGCCACGUACAACCAGCUGUGUGACAGUUCCACCCAGCAGCUGCAGCAGCUGGAGCAGCAACUGGCCAAAGAGGAGGAAAGAAAGAGCCAAAUUGCUAUUGCUGGAGUAAUUGACUUGGGAACAGUGGAAACAUUCCCAGUGUUCCAAGCAGCCCAACGUGGUCUUAUUGACCAGGACACCUGCCAUGUACUACUGGAGGCCCAGCUAAUUAUGGGUGGACUCCUUCAACCUGACUCUUCUAGCAAUCUUUCACUGGAACAAGGACUAGCUCAAGGCCUUAUUGACACCCAUACCAGACAGUCCCUUUCUGAGCUAGAGAGUGCCUUGCUUCUGGUGGAAAAUACUAAAGAUGACCAACAACAAAAUGUGUUACCAGUAGCUUCAGCCAUGGAGUUCGGGCUCAUCAGAGAGGAGGAGGGACUUCGUAUUUUAGAACUCCAGAUGAACACUGGCGGCCUGAGAAUCUCAACAGGAAAAAUGUUGAGUUUGGAGCAAGCAGAUGACAUGAAACUUUUGACUCCCAGAAUCUUCACCAAACUCCAGUCAAGGCAACAACAUAGAGAGCUGAUUGAUCCAAACACAGCUGAAAAAUUAAACCUAUAUGAGCUACAACAGCGCUGUGUCCUCAAUGAUGACUCGGGUCUACUUCUCUUCCCCGUCAAGCAGCAGCCUGGAGGAACGGUUUGCCUCCGGUCAGGAAGAAAAGUUGGUAUCUUCCGCGCAGUUCAGGAAGGUCUGAUUGAUCGGAAAGUUACAGUACGACUUCUUGAAGCUCAGCUCUUUGCUGGUGGUAUCACUGACCCGCGGUCUGGCCACCGGCUGACAAUUGAUGAGGCUGUUCGUCAUGGGCUUAUGGACCAGGAUCUAGCCUGUGCCAUGUUAGCACGACAGCUGCAGAAUGGGGGAAUUCUUGACCCUUUCAGUGGAGAACGCCUAGAUUUGGAAGAGAGUAUUCGCAGGGAUCUUCUCUCUCCUCAUUUGGCUCUGUUGGCCCUUGAGUCCCUUUGGGCUUUUAUGGGAAUACUCUGGCCUGAAUCUGGAGAACUCCUGCCAAUUGUUGAGGCUGUUCAACAAGGAGUGAUCUCAGGAGAGCUAUCAAGGAACAUCCUAAGGCAGCGACAUGCCAUUGGAGCUCUGUACAAUCCAGAAACUCUUCAGGUGCUUCCCCUAAAUGUGGCUGCUGAAGAGGCCCUUGAGCCCAGUGCAGUCAGUUUUCUUAAAGACAUCCACAUCCCAGAUGUUCUUCCCAACAUGAACCAGUCAGGUACCCCAUCUCUAAACCGCUUGAGCUGGGGUUCCACUAGCUCCUCUCCACCUCCAUCCUCUCCACCACCUUCAUCAUCUCCCACAGGCCUUGACUGGGAUGCAACACCAACACAUACAAUGAAUCCUGAAGAACAAGCAAAACACAAACUACUGUUUCACCUCAUGACUCACAGUUAUGUGGAUGUUCAUUCUGGAAAACGUUUGGUGUUGCUUGACCCUGAGUUGGUGGAGCUGGUCAAAGCUGCUGAACUGGUUGCUGGAGACUCUGUGAAUAGAAGUCAAGUUGAGCCACAAAGCAGUUUUAACAAAGAUGAGCAGAAGGAGAUGCAAAUAAUGAGAGAGUCUAGUUUGGCAGAUAAAGGAAUAAAUGACAAACAAGUUGAGGUUGAGGCGCAAAGUUGCAGUGUAGUCACACCAAACCAAAAAUCUGAGACGAAUGGUACAGGCAGUGUCAAAGAAAGGUAUGAUGGAGGAAAUGACAACAAAUUGCUUCCCAAACCAUCAGUACCAGUUGCAGCUAAAAAUGAAAUUGGUAUGGAUGAAGUUGAGGAAGUAAAGGCUCAAAAUAAAGAAAUAUCCAAUCUUGAAUGUUUUGUGGCUUCAGAUAAAAUUCCUGGAGAAGAAUUAACAAAAGGCCUAGAUGAGCAGAUAUGUACUCAGUCCAAACCCAGGUAUAGUUUUGGUCAGGAGACUAUAAGUACAGCCACAACAGUAGAUAGAAAAACAGCUACGGCACCACUCAAAAUGUUGAAAGAACCCAUCACACCGGGAGCCAAAGUGGGUGAAGAUGUAAAAUCAACACAAUCUGAUGAUAGGAAAGAUAAAAAGUAUUCCCAGACCGAAUCAGAAAAGAUCAAACAAAAGGUGUCUGUAACAGAAACUGACCCAAAGCAUGCUAAACCCCAGAUUGAUACCCUUGAAUCAGCAGUGGAGACAGAAGGGGAGGAUGCUGAAUUGACAAAGUUAGUCACAGAGCUAAAACAGGGAGGUCUGAUGACAGAGGAAGGGGAAAAGCUGCUCCCAGAUGAGGCAGUAGCCCAAGGUAUCCUCCCUGGUCACACAGCAGUUAAAUUAAUGGCUCAGGCAGGUCUGUUCGGGGGUUUCCUAGAUGCCAGCAGUUGUGAGUCACUGAGCAUGGAGGAUGUUAUGCAGGAGGGUUUACUAGAUGAAGAUCUAAUGUGGAGUGUCCUGAAGUCGGAUAAAACCCUUUCAGGGGUUGUGGAUGUAGAGAAAAGGCAGAUCUGUGGGGUAAGGGAAGCAGCUCAGGCAGGAUUGAUUGACCCCAACACUGCUGCUCGACUUCUAGAAGCACAGGUGGUGUCUGGGGGAAUUGUUGACCUACGCAGAGAUAAGAAAGUCUCUGUCACUUUAGCAGCAAACCUGGGACUGAUUGAGGAGGGUCAAAGAGAAGAGCUUGUAGCACUAGAAAAGGCAUACAAAGGAAAGGAUACAGAUGCAGCGACUUCCCUCACUAAGGCGAGUUUACAGCUACAGAUGGAAGGUGUUAUCGAACCAGAGUCCAAGUUUCCAGUUCCUCUGGAGCAAGCAAUUCAGAAAGGGUUUAUUAAGUCUGAGGAGGCUUAUCAGGUGCUGGCAAAACAGGUGGCUGAGGGUGGUAUAAUCCAUCAUGCUUCAGGGCUGAGGCUGUCAGUUCCUGACGCUGUAGAUAGAGGACUAGUGGAUCGGUCCAUUGCUCCUGGGCUGGAGGAACUAGAGUGGGUCUACCAAGGAAAAGUCAGCCCUUCGUCCCACCCAGAAGCUGUCGUUUUCCAGGCCUCGACAGGAGCCAUUUUAGACCCUGAUUCUGGAUGUAAACUGACAUUGAUGGAGGCAGUUUCUAAGGGUCUUCUGGGUGAGAAUAUUGCCAGUGAAGCCAUGGCUUCUUCUGCUGUAAGACAAGGAGCACUUGACCCCGAAACUGCCCGCAUCGUGCCUUAUUCAGAGCUUGUAAACCAGGGUAAGAUAGAUAUCGAAACAGGCAAACGCUUCUUAGAGGUGAAACCAUUCAGAGGUGUUCAGGAUGAGCAAACUAGAGACAACUUGACCCUUCCUGAAGCAGUUGCGGCAAAGCUAGUUGACCCAGUUCCAGCAUUGAGGUUGCUUCAAAGUCAGGCAGACAGUGGAGGGAUUAUUGACAUCAGUACUGGAGAAAGACUUCCCCUAUCUGAAGCCUGUGAAAGAGGUUUGGUUGAAGACAAUAUGGUCGGAGUAAUUGCCACCAACCAGUUUUUGAAAGGAGGCUUAGUUGAUCCUGCCACUGGAGAUCAAGUCUCUAGUCUCGAUGAUGCGAUUGCAAAAGGGCUUAUCUCCAAUGAAGUAGCUUCAGAGAUUCAGGAGAAAUUGUCUUUUGUGGAGAUGGAGGGUGAUGAGGGCAGUGCUACACCUGUUGCCUCGUCAAAUGGCACAUACAGCCCUGCUAUUAUAUUAUUGGCAUCAAGCUCAGACAGUCCAGCAAACUGGUCAGAUGUAAGCACUGAGGUGCCUUCAAGAUCACCACUUUCAAAGAAAGGUUUGGGAAUUACAGAGGAUGAUGGAAAGACAUUUACAACUGUCGUAUCAGAUCAGUCCCUUUUGUAUGACACCACUACAGAAGAGGACAAAGCAGAAGCGCCUGUGUCAGUGGAAGAAAAGGCUUCAGUUGAGCCAGACAGAUCUGUAGACCUCUUGUGUAAGUUUGCCACUAAUGUUGGGAAAAGGAUUCAAGAAGCUAUUGAAGAAAUCGUACCACAGAAAGACAUCAAUAAAUCAGAACCCCCUCUAAAGCAGAAGCUUGAUGAGAGACUGCAGAUAGGUGUGAGCGAGACUGAUGAUAAACAGAAGGGGAACAUUUUCAGAGAUGCUGUUGCAGAAUCUGUUCAGGCACAUGUCUAUGAUAAUGAAAAAGAUUCACAUGAUGUGGUCAGAAUAGGAGCUGCUGCUUUAAAGUCAGAUGGAGAACCAGGAAACGUUGGGGAAAAGGAGUAUAAACCCAGUGAUGGGAGCAGAUCAGUUGUUGAUCAUGAUUCUGAAAAUGGAAACCUGACAGGUUUUGUGGCAGCAGAGAUAAGAGAUGACAGAGAAAGCAAAGAUAGGACUGAGGUGACAAAACUGAGUGAAGAAGAAUACAGAAAGAGUGGUGUGGCAGCACAGAGAGGUGAUGUUGUAGAUGAGAAGGUUAAGAGAGUGGAGAAAGAGAAACCUUUAAAGACUGAGAUCAAAUCCAGCGCUGAAGCUGAGCAGACAGAUCAGUUAUUGACCUCUCCAGCUAAAGAGACAGAAAGCAAAAGCAAGAAAAAGAGGAAGAAUAAAAAGAACGGAAAGGGUAAAGAAGCUGAGAGUGGAACACAUCUUUCAAAGAUACAAUUUCUAUCUCAAAUUGAUCAAACUGAUACACACAUAAAGGGUCAGCCUGAAGCCACUGAUGUAGUCAAAGAUGAGCUUGCAUCACAAGACAAAUACAAGAAAUCACAGAUUCGGGGUAAGGCAACUUACACAGGGCCUCCCAAUGCAGAAAGUGUAGCAAAGGUUGAAAAGGCAGUUGAGGCUGAAAAUGAUUUGACAAAACAAGGACAAGAAGCAGUUCCAGCCACUCUAAAAUUUACAAAACAAAUGAUGAAGCCAGAGAAAGACACAUUAAAAAUUGCAUUUUCAGAGGACUCAGAAAAGGAUGAUGAGAGAGAAAAGAUGAAAAGGGAGGAGCAGACAGAGAAAGUUAAAGAGAAGGCUUCAGUCUCUCAGCAACCAGAACAGCCAAAGAGCAGCCAAGAGAAGUCACAGAUUCGAGGUAAGGCAACUUCCACAGGACCUCCCAAUGCUGAAUGUGAAGCAAAGAUUGAAAAGAGAGUUGAGGCUGAAAAUGAUUUGGCAAAACAAGGACAAGAACCAGUUCCAGCCACUCUGAAAUUUACAGAACAAAUGAUGAAGCCAGAGAAAGAUACAUUAAAAAUUGCAUUUUCAGAGGACUCAGAAAAGGAUGAUGAGAGAGAAAAGAUGAAAAGGGACGAGAAGACGGAGAAAGUUAAAGAGAAGGCUUCAGUCUCUCAGCAACCAGAACAGCCAGAGAGCAGCCAAGAGAAGUCACAGAUUCGGGUUAAGGCAACUUCCACAGGACCUCCCAAUGAUGAACAUGAAGCAAAGAUUGAAAAGACAGUUGAGGCUGAAAAUGAUUUGGCAAAACAAGGACAAGAAGCAGUUCCAGCCACUCUAAAAUUUACAGAACAAAUGAUGAAGCCAGAGAAAGAUACAUUAAAAAUUGCAUUUUCAGAGGACUCAGAAAAGGAUGAUGAGAGAGAAAAGAAGAAAAGGGAAGAACAGACAGAGAAAGUUCAAGAGAAGAUUUCCGUCUCUCAGCAACCAGAACAGCCAAAGAGCAGUCAAGAGAAAUCCCAGAUUGGGGGUAAGGCAACUUCCACAGGACUUCCCAAUGCAGAACGUGAAACAAAGAUUGAAAAGACAAUUGAGGUUGAAAAUGAUUUGGAAAAACAAGGACAAGAAGCAGUUCCAGUCACUCUAAAAUUUACAGAACAAAUGAUGAAGCCAGAGAAAGAUACAUUAAAAAUUGCAUUUUCAGGGGACUCAGAAAAGGAUGAUGAGAGAGAAAAGAUGAAAAGGGAGGGGCAGACAGAGAAAGUUAAAGAGAAGGCUUCAGUCUCUCAGCAACCAGAACAGCCAAAGAGCAGCCAAGAGGUAAAGAAAAAGAAGGAGCAAGAACUGAAACAGAAAUCUACUCUACCAGAUGAUGAGAAAGCAGCCCUGGUACUAAAAGCCAAAGAGAGCAUUCUUAAAAAGGUGUUUAAAAAAGGAGUGAGUGAGAAGCAGGCUGCUGAAGAGCUGCAGGCACUGCGCAAGGAAGUGGGGAAGAAGGAGAGUCGAGGCACAACUGUAAAGGCACAAACUGUGCCAGCUAUGGCCGAUGCAGUGGAGAGUCACGAUGGUGUCAAGACACCCGAUGGUUCUCCAAAAGAGAGAAAGGAAGAGAUGAGUGUCAAAGAAGAAAAAACAAAAUUGACAAGGGUCAAGGAAGAGAAGACUGAUGAGAAACUGUCUGUGAAGGAGGACAUGGAGACCAAACUAUUGGUGGCUUCUUCAAAUCAGAGGGAGGAAAACAAGAGUUUCGGUGAGGAAGACAGACAAAAAGAUUAUGAAGCCACUCCAUCAGUCCAGCCUCAAGAAACUAAAAGAAGGAAGAACAAGAAAUCCAAGAGUUUAAAAGAGACAGACAAAACUGAGCCUGAUACUGAGGAGUUACCAACUGAUGAAAAAAUGGAUUCUGAGUUAACAACAACAAAAAUGACCACAAAAUCUGCAAUGACAAAACCAGAUUCAGAUAACUCAGCUUUAACUAAGGAGCAGAGGAUGGACAGACGUACCGAUGGUCAAUCAGCUGGUGAUGUCAGCAGACCUUCAGUUGGUGAAAAGGCAUAUGAUGCUAAGAUCUCUGUUAUUAAGGUUAAAGAAGCUGACACCAGUCAACAAAGUCCUCCACAUUUAUCUAGAUCAGAAGAACCCACUUCUCACAUGGAAGAACAUGUACAGUCGGCAGAGGUUACAUCUACUAGCAAAGAAGAAUCCCAUUCAGAAAAGAGAAAUGCCAGCGAAUCCACUGAUGUUGCUCAUGAGGCUGUCGCAUGCAAAGUAGACAUCCAGCCCACAGCUCAGUCCAUGGCUCCUGGCACACAACCAGGUAAAACCACAAGAAAAGGUAAAAAGAAGAAGGGGCGCCAACCUCCUGAAGCUGAUAGUACCAGUGUGGCCAAAUCUAAAUCUUUAAAAGACCAACAGCAACAUCUUGAAUCUCCAGAAUCAGCACCUUCACUGUCGGAGGAUGCUUCACCUGAGUCUGAAUCACAUGGAGUCCCUGUGUCUGAUACAGCCUCUGAGAGUUUUGGAGAGGAGGAGCGAGAGGAAGAUGUCAGAGGGAGUCGAGAAAUGGUGUUGAACAAAGAGGGGACGACAUCCACAACUGGCAAGUCAUCAUUGAUGCGUCAGGAGUGCUUGGAUCAUGACCAGCAAAUUGUAGCCCUGGUUUCCAUGGUAAGACAUAUUGAGGUCCGACUUAAACAGCAGCAACAGCAGUCUGUUGGCCGGAGCCUUAUCGCCUUGGAUGACGUCAUCAGACAGACUGAGACUCUGGACCUUGAAUUGCGUGACUUGGAGCCUGCAAUCAACAAGGAAGUGAAGGCCGCUGAGGAGCUGUUGAAGCCCCAACCCAAAGAUGUUCCCCCUCAGCUCCUAUUGGCCCUGGAAAAGGACGGGCGGAGCUUGGCUCGAGGGUAUGAGGCCGCCAGGGCACUUUCUGAGGGCAUUCUGCAAAGUCUACGAGACCACAGGGACUCCUAUAAGGAGGCGUUAACAGCUGAGCUGAAAUCACUAGGAGGACAAGUGGAGAGUCUGCUCUCUUGGUUGAGGGAGACAGAGGCUCAGAUGAAUGGAGGAAUGGCGGGGAUGGAAAAAAUGGAGACAGCAGAAAAAGAUGACAGUCAUGAUCAGCUCACACAGCAGCUGAAUCUCUGCAAGGAGCUCCAAUCCUCUUUGAUGGCUCGCUCUAAUGAGGUCAACAACACGGCCUUUGACAUUCAGGUGUUUAUCUCGGAGCGAGCUCAGGACCUGGCCCCUGAACAGAGCAGGCAGCUUCUGGGGCAGCUCCAGCAGCUCCAGAGGGCCUUUCACCUCGCGUCGGGCCAAGCCCAGGCCUGGGCCGAUGCCCUCUCUGCCCAGAGAGAGCGAGAGGAGGAGCGGCAACGUAGGGAGAGAGUGAAAGAAGAGGAGAAGGACAAAGAGAGGCAGAGUGCAAGGGAGAGAGAGGUGGUUCAACAGCAGAAAGCCGAAUGCUCUCAGAAACUAGAAGGCCUUACCAUGUGGUUGGCUGGAGCUGCCAGCUUGCUGGCCAGUCAGAAAGGUGGAGCAGAGUCAGGUGAUGUGAACGUCUUGCAAGAGAAGCAGAAAAGACUAAAGGAAGCACAGAAGGACCUCCAGACCAAAGAACAGGGCAUCACUGAGGCCAUCCGCUCUGCAGAGGAGCUCCUGGCAGAGCGAGGAGAAAGUCUAAGCCCAGAAGAGAGGCAGAACCUCCAGGAGGCCCUAACAAGAAUGAAGGAGCAGUACAGUGCCCUUAAACAGUCAGCAAACACAUCACUGUCGGAGCUGGACACAGCCAUCAACACCACUCUACAGCAGAACACACAAAGGGCGAAGGCUGAGGAGGAGCUCCAGGAGACCCAAGGCCAGAUAGACUCUCUGCUGAAUGAAUUGUCCUCCCUUAACCAACCAGGUGCAAGAGGAGAUAGAUCUGGAUUGGCCAAAGAUUUUACUGAUACACCGUUCUCACAGCCAGAGGGUGCUGUGAUUACACACACAGAGAACCUGCAGGCGGAGCUUCAGCAGCUCCAGGCUCAACAGGCCCAGCUUCUCCAGAUCACGCAGUCAACUCGCUCCCUUCUGGACCAACCAGACUCCACCGUUCCUCCUGAAGAGAAGCAGCGUCUCAGGGCCGCCCUGGAUCAGCUGCAGGCUCAGCACCAGGACAGACUGCAGAGCUGCCAGGAUCGUCUGAGGAAGUCUGAGGCUCUGAAGGAUGAGCUGACGAAGUUCCACCAAGAACAUGGAAGUUUAGGUGCCUGGUUAGAACAAAGUGAACAGGAGCUCUGUUCUCUAGGGGAAGGAGAAACUGAUGCACAAGGACUGAAGAACAGGCUGGAGGAGCACAGAAAGCUUGCUGAGGACAUCAUUUGCCACAAGGCGGACCUGCGAUUUGUCUCCAUCUCUGGUCAGAAGGUUCUGGACUCUGUUCAAGGAGCUCUGGAGCAAGUUGGUGAUUCAGACCCAGCUCUGGAGAGCACCAAGCAGCUGGUGACUGACAAGCUGCAGGAUGCUAACCACAGAUACACAACCCUACACACCAAGUCAACCGAUUUGGGUGGCCGUUUAUCCAGCCUGUUGGAGAGGUACCAGCAGUACCAGGAUGAGGUUGUCUCCGUCCACUCUUGGCUCAGCACUCAGGAACAGAACCAAAGUAUAGCCAAGCCCAGUGGGGAGACAGACCCGCAGAACCUGCAGAACACAUUACGACAAGUACAGCUGCUGCAGGACGAGCUGGCUGAACGCUCGGUGCAGCUGGAGAAGGUGAAGAGAGCAGGAAGAGAACUGGUCAGCACAGAUGAGUCUCCUUCCUUGAAAGCUGUCGAUAUCCUAUGUGCCGCAGAUGGUUUAGAGAAGAGGUUUGGCUCCCUCUCUGCAUCUGUGUCAGAACGGGCCGAGCAGCUGCAGACAGCUGUGGCCCAGUCGGUCAGCGUCCAGGAGGGCCUGAAGGGUCUGCUGAGCUGGCUGGACAAACUGGCUCUGAGUCCUGGACCAAUUGAGCCCACCGCACAUGCUGUACAAGAUGCUUUGACACAAAACCAGAAACUUCGCCAGGAGCUGCUGUCCAGGCAGGGCAGCGUGGAAGCAACGCGAGACUCUGUUUUCAAACUCCUUCAGAGCUCUGACGCCUCCACGGCCUCGGGCCUCCAGGGCGCUUUAGAUGAACUAACACAACGCUACGCUGCAGCACAGACUAGCCAGGCCGAGAGGGAGGCUGAGCUCAAAGGGCUGCUGCCCAGGCUGGAGAGCUACGAGCGGCUGGGGACUGACCUCCAGGUCUUCACCCAGAGCAGACUGAAGGCUCUGAGCCCAGCAGGCCAGCCAGACCGCAGCGUUGAUGACUACAGGCAGACCAUUGAGGAGGUCAGGUCGGAGCUGGAGCAGGAGGCUGGCCAGCUGAAAUCCUUCUGUAACCUCGGCACCGAGCUCAGCCAAUCAAAAGCUUUCAGUAACACUCAAAGCCUAUUGGAUAAUGUCAAAGGAGUGUCUGAUGAGUUCACCCAACUAGAAGCCAGUGUCAGUGAAAGGUUUGCUGCCAUCCAGGCCUGUGAGCAGCAGCUGGUCCAGUUCCGCGGCCUCUCUGGCUCCCUCCUCAGGUGGCUUCAGACGGCACAGGACCAGCUGCCGUCCAAGGAGGCCAGCCUCAACACAGAGGGCCUGCAGAGGAGAGUGCAGCAGCUCAAGGACUUGCUGAAUGACUGGGAGUCACAGGGAUCAAGAGUUCAGGAGCUGAACAAGACAGGCUCAGAGCUGGAGUCCCUCAUUAUCGAUAUCACUGCUCCUCAGACCAAAACUGGUGCUCCUCAAAUCAAUGGCUCAGCAGGUCCCAGCAGUGUCAAUGGCAUUCACACCUGUAAAGACUUGACAGAGCUCCAGGUAGCUGUAUCCGAUGUGAACAGUCGAUACGACACGCUGGGUGGGGAGCUGAAGGAGCGUCUCGGUCGGCAGAAGGCCUCACUGGAGCUGAGGCAGAAGGCCAGGCAGGGCACCGAUGAGCUCAAGAGCUGGCUGACAGACAGAGAGCACAGCCUGAAACAGGGACAGACCGCCUCGCCCUCCAAACCUGAGGUGGUACGCGCCCAGGCCCAGGAGAACAAGGCUCUGCUUUCAGAGCUGGCUGAGCACUCUGGGAAGGUUGAGGAGCUGAAGAGCACACUGAGAAAACUGAUUGCUGACAAUCCUGAUUCUCCCGAGGCAGACACCUGGAGACAACAGCUGCAAGAGAUAGACUCCCGCUGGCAGACAGCCAAUCAGACGGCAGCCCAGAGGCAGACUGAGCUGGAGACGUGUGCCGAUAGGCUGGGCAGCUUUGCCUCGGCGGCCAAUCAGCUGGGCCCGUGGCUGAGGGAGAAGGAGCUGAUGAUGAGUGUGCUCGGACCGCUGAGCAUCGACCCCAACAUGCUCAACACACAGAAACAACAAGCACAGUUCAUGCUGCGUGAGUUUGAGACCAGACGGCCACAGUUUGACCAGCUGACCCAGUCCGCUGAGGGAAUCCUCUCCCAGACUGGUGACUCUGCUCAGGACCCUAAAGACCUGGCAGAGGUGCGAUCUGAGCUGGCCUCCAUCUCCCAGCAGUGGGAGGAGCUAACAAACCGACUGACUCAGAGGUCAAACCACAUCGACCAGGCUCAAGGAACCAGCGAGCGGUACCAGGCCUUGCUCAGAGAGCUCUCCUCCAGUGUUUCUGCUCUGGGUGAGAGAUUAGAUGGUCAGGCCUCGCUGAGCGCCCAGCCCGAAGCGUUGAAACGCCGCCUGCAGGAAACCGGAGAGAUCCGCUCAGAGCUGGAGAGACGGCGGACCGAGCUGGCCGAGGCUGAAAAGCUCUGCAAGGAGCUGAGCGCCAUCGUGGCUGAACCCUACCUGAAGGAAGAGCUGAGUAAACGACUGGAGAGCGUCAGCGGGCCUUUAAAGAGUUUAGAGGAGCGUGCAGCUGACGGUCUGUCUCAGCUCCAGGCCGCCCUGUCGUCCACCCAGCAGUUCCAGCAGAUGUUUGAGGAGUUGCGCUCCUGGCUCGACAAGCAGGCAGAUCCCAGAGAAUCAUCCAUCGACUCACUACCCUGUCAGCCGGAGGCCAUCCGCUCCCUGCUGGCACAGACGGACGACCUCCAGCGAGGGAUCGCCAGUCAGCGGGGCUCCUAUGAGCUGCUUCAAGCUGAGGGAGCAUCGCUGCUCGCCAGUCUACCCGCAGGCGGAGAUGAACGCACUGCCCUGCAGUCUCGCUUAGGGUCCUUGAAGCAGGACUGGGAGGGGCUGAACCAGAGGCUCUCAGAUCAAGAAGGCAGACUGAAGACCACUUUGAGCAAAGCAGAAACCUACCAGCAGCACAAGGCUGAGCUGAAACCAUGGAUAGCAGAGUGCGAGGAAAAAGAUGGAGAGAUCCAGCCGUCACUGGACUCAUCGGCCCUGGAUGAAGCCUUGCAGAAGGCCCGAGGGCUAUCGCUGGACCUCGAGAGACGACAACCUCUCCUUGAGGCCUUCAACACUGCCGCAGAUCAGCUGCUGGAACAAUGCUGCAUUGGGGAGGAAGAGAUACGAGAUGAGAAGGCCCAGCUGAACCGCAGGGUGGAUGGACUGGGCGAGAGGCUCCACAACCGCACUGCCCAGCUGGAGGAGCUUUCUGGCCGCCUGAAGGAGUUUGAGGAGGGCAGACAGGCAGCAGAGAGGAGGCUGGAGGCUGCCAAGCACCAGAUUGAAGUCCAGGAGGCUCUGGGACCACAGGCAUGUAGUGCCAAGAGCCUGGAGCGGCUGAGAAGCCAGCAGGAGAGUCUCAGGUCUCUGAAUCCUCAGGUGGUGUACCUCAGAGACCUGGCACAGGGGCUGGUACAGGACGCACCCCAGACACCAGGAGGCAGCACCGAAGGGGCACAGAGGCUUCAGGAGCAGGCCAGAGAGACAGAGAAGGAGUUUGAGGAUGUGACUGACAAGAUCGAGCAGUGUUGCUCCUCCCUGGAGUCCCGGCUGCAGGGUGUCGGCGAGGUCCAGUCUCACGUGCGCGACGUCUUCUCACGCAUUGCCGACCUCGAUGAUGAACUGGACUCCCUCAGCCCCGUUGGACGUGAUGCAGAUUCCUUGGCCUCUCAGGCUGAUGCCCUAAAGGGCUUCUUGUCCCGUCUGGCCAACCUCAGGUCAGAGCUGGAGGGUCACACAACAGAGUGCACCACCAUGCUGCGGCGGGAAGGCUCCUCCCCUGAUCUCCUGGCUCUCAGAAGAGAGACGGAGGCUUUGAGCCGCCAGGCUGGCAAGCUGAGCGAGCGCGGCCAGGCCAGGUUGGACCAGAUCGAGGACGCUGCUGAGAGGGUUCGGGAGUUCUACAGGCUAGUGGGUGAGCUGCAAGGCCUGCUGGGAAGAGCCGAAGAUGGGCUGAAUGCACAGGGUAUGGUCGGCACAGAGGUGGAGAUGAUCAAACAGCAGCUGCAGGAGUUUAAGGCUGUGGAGAGAGAGCAGGUGGACAGCAUUCAACCGAAGCUGCAGCACAUCAACGCAGUUGGUCAGGGUCUGAUCCAGAGCGCCGCCAAACACACCGACACCCAGGCGCUGGAGCACGACCUGGAAACAACCAACCUCAGAUGGAACUCACUCAACAAGCGGGUGGCAGAGCGGAUCGCCCAGCUGCAGGAGGCUCUGUUGCAUUGUGGGAAAUUCCAGGAUGCUCUGGAGCCUCUGCUGAGCUGGCUAAGUGAUACAGAGGAGCUGGUGGCCAAUCAGAAGCCCCCGUCUGCUGAGUACCGCGUGGUCAAGGCCCAGAUCCAAGAACAAAAGCUGCUACAGAGACUGUUAGAUGACCGCCGGCCGACAGUGGAGAUGAUCCGCGCUGAAGGAGAAAGGAUCGCAGCCACAGCGGACACUCAGGACCGAGAGAAGAUUCAGACCCAGCUCCAGAGUCUGGCAGAGAGAUGGACUGACCUGAUGGACAAGGCCAGCGGCAGGCAGAGGCAGUUGGAGGAGCUGCAGGUUUUGGCUCUUGAGUUCCACGAAGCUCUGGAGCCGCUGGGAGAAUGGCUGAGCACCACCGAGAGACGCCUGAGCUCCGCUGAGCCCAUGGGAACCCAGACGGCUAAGAUCACGCAGCAGAUCGUUAAGCACAAGGCGGUCCAAGAGGACGUGUCCUCACGUGAAGCAGAGGUCGACAACCUCGAGUCCCUCAGCCAAUCGCUGACCCCACUCAGCUGCGCAGCCGAUCGGGAUUGGCUAAGCGAGCGCGUGGGGGCGGUGAGGUCAGGUCACUCGGAGCUUGCCGAUUGGUGCUCCAGGCGGGCGGGCAUGCUGGAGCAAGCGCUGGCUAACGCUCAGCUGUUUGGGGAGGAGGAGGUAGAGGUGCUGAACUGGCUGGCAGAGGUGGCUCAGAGGCUGAGUCAGGUCUCUGUCCAGAGCUACCAGCACCAGCUACUGGCCGAGCAGCACAAACACACUCUGUCUCUGAAUGAAGAGAUUUUGAGCAGGAAGAAGACAGUGGACCAGGCCAUCAAGAAUGGACAAGCAUUACUAAAACAGACGACAGGUGAGGAAGUUCUCCUGAUCCAGGAGAAGCUGGAUGGCAUUAAGUCUCGCUAUGCUGAGAUGACGGCCGGCAGCAGUAAGGCCCUCCGCACCCUGGAGCAGGCCCUGCAGCUGGCCACACGAUUCGCCAGUGCCCACGAUGACCUCAACCAGUGGCUGGACGGUGUGGAGACGGAGCUCAACAAUGUGGAGCCCGACGCCACACCUGCAUACCAGGAAAGACAGAAGGAGCUGAAGAAAGUGUCAGCAGAGAAGCGUCUGGUGUUGGACACAGUGAACGAGGUGGGCAGCGCCCUGCUGGAUCUGGUGCCGUGGCGAGCCCGCGAGGGUCUGGACCGCCUGGUUGCCGAUGCCAACCAGCGAUACCGACAGUCUGAUGAAACCAUCACUCAGCGGGUGCAGCUGGUUCAAGCUGCCAUCCAGAGGUCACAACAGUAUGAGGAGGCAGUGGAUGCAGAGCUGGACUGGGUCGGAGAGACCGAGCGUAAAUUGGCUUCUCUGGGGCCCCUGAGUCUGGAGCCUGAUGUGACAGUGGCCCAGAUGCAAGUGCAGAGGGCCUUCAACAUUGACAUCAUCCGACACAAAGACACUGUGGAUCAGCUGCUCAGCACCAGAGACGACAUCCUGGAAACCUGCAGCGACGCCCAGAAGGACGCACUGAUAGUGAAGACAGAUUCUCUCAGUGCUCGUUAUGAUACAGUGAGCCAGAGCCACAGCGAGCGGUUCUCGGCUCUCGAGCAGGCCCAGGUUUUGGUCACUCGGUUCUGGGAGACCUUUGAGGAACUGGAGCCAUGGUUGGGCGAGACUGAAACCCUCAUCACCCAGCUGCCACCACCAGCCAUCGACACUGAUGCUCUCCGACUGCAACAGGACCAGAUGAGGCUGCUCAGGGAGUCUAUCGCAGAGCACAAGCCCCACAUCGACAAGCUGCUAAAGAUCGGACCUCAGCUGGCCGAGCUCAGCCUCCAGGAGGGGGAGACGAUAACACAGCGCUACACCGAGGCCGAGAGACGCUACCUGGCUAUUAAAGAGGGCGUCAAGGGUCGUGCAACAACCCUCGACGAGGCAGUGUCCCAGUCUGCACAGCUGGUAGAGUUCCACGACAAGAUGGACCCCCUACUGGAGACCCUGGAGGGGGCAGUCCAGCGGCUGCGGCAGCCUCCCCCAGUGGCAGCAGAGGUGGAGAAGAUCAGGGAGCAGCUGGCGGAGCACCGAGCCCAGGGGCUGGAGCUGGACAAACUGCUGCCGAGCUUCUCCGCCCUCUGCGCCCGCGGAGAGGAGCUCAUCGGACGAGCUGCUCACGACGAUCCUGCUGCUCAGGCCGUUCGUACUCGCCUCCUGCGCCUGCGCUCUCUGUGGGAUGAAAUCCGGCAGCGGGCAGAGGAGAGGGAGGGGAAACUGAAUGACGUCUUGGAUCUGGCCGGAAAGUUCUGGGCCGACGUGGCGGCGCUACUGAGCACACUCCGAGACUCCCAAGAUAUUGUGAAAGAACUGGAGGACCCUGGCGUGGACCCCUCACUCAUCAAACAACAGAUUGAGGCUGCUGAGGCCAUUAAGGCAGAGACGGACGGUCUGAGGGAGGAGCUGGAGUUUGUCAGGACCCUCGGAGCUGACCUCAUCUUUGCUUGUGGAGAAACUGAGAAACCUGAAGUCAAGAAGACCAUUGAUGAGAUGAACGCUGCCUGGGAGGGCCUGAACCGGACGUGGAGAGAGCGGAUGGAGAGGCUGGAGGAGGCCAUGACAGCGUCUGUGCAGUAUCAGGACGCACUGCAGUCUAUGUUUGACUACCUGGACAACGCAGUGAUCAAGCUGUGUGACAUGUCGACUGUGGGAACUGAUCUGGGAACUGUCAAACAGCAGAUUGAAGAGCUCAAGCAGUACAAGGUGGACGUUUACCAGCAGCAGAUUGACAUGGAGAAGCUGUGCCACCAGGGGGAGCUGCUGUUGAAGAAGGUGUCGGACCAAACAGACAGGGACAUGAUCCAGGAGCCGCUGACCGAGCUCCGACACCUCUGGGACAACCUGGGGGAUAAAAUCACCCACAGACAGCACAAACUUGAGGCUGCCCUGCUGGCCCUGGGUCAGUUCCAGCAUGCCCUGUCUGAGCUGCAGGCUUGGCUAAACCACACACACACCACGCUGGACACACAGCGACCAGUCAGCUCUGACCCCAAGGCCAUCGAGAUCGAGUUGGCUAAACACCACGUGUUGCGUAAAGAUGUACUAUCCCAUCAUGCCACUGUGGAGAAUGUGAACGGUGCUGGCGCUGAACUGCUAGAGUCGUCUCCCGGUGACGAGGCCAGCCACCUGAGGGACCAGCUGGAUCAGCUCAACAAAAGCUGGCAGAGUCUGCUGCUCAAGACCCAGGAGCGGCAGAAGCUACUGGAAGCUGCCCUGCAGCAGGCUGAAGGUUUCCAUGGCGAGCUAGAGGAGUUCCUCCAAUGGCUGAGGAGGACGGAGAGCCAGCUGUCUGCCGCCAAGCCGACAGGUGGUCUCCCUGAAACAGCCAGAGAGCAGCUACAGCAACACAUGGAGCUUCAGACCCAGCUGACUCAGCGAGCAGACCAGUACCACCGCCUGCUGGAUCAAGGAGAGUCCAUGUUGCUGGCUCGUGGAGGAGAGGAAGCAGGACCCGGUACCACCCAGACACAGCAGAACCUGGCAAUGCUGCAGAACAAGUGGGGCAGUCUCAACACCAAGAUGGACGACCGCAGGGCAAAGCUGGAUGAGGCCGUUUCCUUGGCAACAGGUUUCCAGACCUCUCUGCAGGAUACCAUCAACUGGCUGACCCAGGCUGAACAGACCCUGAACAUGGCCCAGCCCCCCAGCCUCAUCCUGGACACUGUCCUCUUCCAGAUCGAUGAGCACAAGGUAUUUGUGAAUGAGGUGAACACCCACAGAGAGCAGGUCCUGGCUCUGGAGAAGGCCGGCUCUCAGCUUCGCUUUGCCAGUCUGAAGCAGGAUGUCGUCCUCAUCAAAAACUUGCUGCUCAGCGUCCAAGCACGCUGGGACAAGCUGGUCCAGAGGUCACUGGACCGCGGCCGACACCUUGAUGAGGCCCGCAAACGUGCCAAACAGUUCCACGAGGCCUGGAGGAAGCUGACAGACUGGCUAGAAGAAGCCGAGAAAAGACUGGACUCAGAGCUGGAGAUCUCCAACGAGCCAGACAAGAUCAAAGUACAACUGGCCAAACACAAGGAGUUUCAGAAAGCGUUGGGGUCAAAGCAGCCAGUCUAUGACACCACAGUGAGGUCUGGAAGAGCCAUGAGGGACAAGGCUCAGCUGCCUGCAGACACCCAGAAACUGGACCACCUGGUGGGAGAGGUCCGCGACAAGUGGGACACGGUCUGUGGCAAGAGUGUAGAGAGACAACACAAGCUGGAGGAGGCUCUGCUGUUCUCAGGCCAGUUUGCCGAGGCUCUCCAGGCCCUGGUGGACUGGUUGUACCGGGUAGAGCCCCAGCUGGCUGAAGACCAGCCAGUCCAUGGAGAUCUGGAUCUGGUGUCCAACCUCAUGGACUCACAUAAGGCUUUCCAAAAAGAGCUAGGCAAGAGAACCAGCAGUGUUCAGGCUCUGAAGCGCUCAGCUCGGGAGCUGAUGGACACUGGUCGCGAUGACACGGCGUGGGUCAAAGUUCAGCUUCAGGAGCUCAGCAACCGCUGGGAUACGGUGUGCGCUCUGUCAGUCACAAAGCAAACACGCCUCCAGCAGGCCCUCAAACAGGCGGAAGAGUUUCGUACGGCGAUACAGGUGCUUCUGGAGUGGCUCUCUGAGGCCGAGCAGACGCUUCGUUUCCGCGGUGUCCUUCCAGAAGAGGCAGAGACAUUACAGGCGCUGCUGCACACACAUCGUGACUUCAUGGGCACCGUGGAGGAGAAGAGGACGGAUGUCAACAAGGCUGCUGGCAUGGGAGAGGGCAUCCUGACUGUUUGUCACCCUGACUCCAUCACCACCAUCAAACACUGGAUCACUAUCAUAAGGGCACGCUUUGAGGAGGUGCUGACGUGGGCCAAACAGCACGAGCAGCGGCUGGAGACAGCUCUGACUGAGGUGCUCAACAAUGCCAACCUGCUGGAGGAGCUGUUGUCAUGGCUACAGUGGGCCGAGACCACACUGGUCCAGAGAGACACCGAGCCGCUUCCUCAGGACAUCCCACAGCUCAAAACACUCAUCACAGAACACCAGAUGUUUAUGGAGGAGAUGACGAGGAAGCAGCCAGACGUUGACAAAGUGACGAAGACCUACAAAAGAAAACCAGCUGAGCCUCCCAGCAGCCUGGCCGACAGGAGAGGAGCUCGCAAACACCAGCAACAACAGCAGCAGCAACAGCAGGCAGCCAUGCAGCUCGCCAGCGGAAACCCACGACUCAACCAGCUCUGUGCCAGGUGGCAGCAAGUUUGGCUGCUGGCUCUGGACCGCCAGCGCAAGCUCAACGACGGUCUGGACAGACUGGAGGAGCUCAAAGAGUUCGCCAACUUUGACUUCGACGUGUGGAGGAAAAAGUACAUGCGCUGGAUGAACCAUAAAAAGUCUCGCGUCAUGGACUUCUUCAGACGCAUCGACAAGGACCAGGAUGGAAAGAUCACACGGCAGGAGUUUAUUGACGGCAUCCUGGCAUCAAAGUUUCCCACCAGUAAGCUGGAGAUGACAGCUGUGGCAGACAUCUUUGACAGAGAUGGAGACGGUUACAUCGACUACUACGAGUUUGUUGCUGCUCUGCAUCCCAACAAGGAUGCAUACAGACCCACCACUGACGCUGAUAAGAUCGAGGAUGAGGUGACUCGGCAGGUGGCCCAGUGUAAAUGUGCUAAAAGGUUCCAAGUGGAGCAGAUAGGAGAGAACAAAUAUCGGUUCUUCCUCGGAAACCAGUUCGGUGACUCUCAGCAGCUGCGUCUGGUGAGGAUCCUGCGCAGCACAGUGAUGGUGAGAGUUGGAGGUGGUUGGAUGGCUCUGGACGAGUUCCUUGUCAAAAAUGAUCCAUGCAGAGUGCAACAUCCAGGACUUAAGAUUCUCCGCUCCGAUUCCAGUAGCUCCAUCUCAUCUCGUAUAGCUCGUGGUCGCACCAACCUGGAGUUGAGGGAGAAGUUCAUCCUUCCCGAAGGAGCAUCUCAGGGUCUGGCUGCCUUCCGCUCCCGAGGUCGACGCUCCAAACCAGGCUCCCGCAACGCCUCGCCCACCCGCUCCUCCUCCUCGGCCUCCCACAGCGGUGCCUCCCUGCCCUCUGCUCCCUCCGCCCCCGCCACACCGACAGCCUCAGCAUCAUCCAGGUCCUCCCAUACUCACUCGCGUGACUAUGCCAAGCCCUGGCUGGCACACAGUAAAACUCCAACGCCAACCAAGUGCCACUGCUGCCCAGAUCUCGGUCACAGCCACACCACUCCUGGGCACGAGGGGGCAACGUCUGGUUCCAAACUAAAGAGGCCGACGUUCCACUCGAGCCGAGGCUCGCUGACCGGAGAGAACGGAGGAACAACACCAUCCGGCAAACCAUCAAGGACUGAUCCAAAACGAGGGGCAUCCACAGCCAGCGGGCCAACCAGCCGAGCCGGCAGCCGUGCAGGCAGCAGAGCCAGCAGUCGCCGCGGCAGCGAUGCCUCAGACGCAUCAGAGCUACAGGACGCUCGCUCCGUCUGCUCUGACGCCUCAGACACCCCACGACGACCCGGGGCCAAACCCUCCAAGAUUCCCACCAUCUCCAAAAAGGCCCCCAGCCCAAAGACCCCAGGGUCUGCGAAGAAAUAACUCCAAUCAAAGAGAAGGUGGAGCAGAGCCGUUCCUCCUCCGUUUCACAGAGGGUGGACUGCUAUCAUCGGCCUUUUUGGGUGCACCAGCUCUUCAGUCUGAAGUCCAUCUAACUGGGCCUGAGUGGAGUUUGUGCACAGUGACUGACAGAUCGAGGGGAAAGAAGGAGAUGGGCAAGAUGGGUGAAUCUCCUUCUCACUCUUUCCCUGGUCUCAUAAACGGACUGAAAACCUGCACAAGAGGAGGAGAGUUCUGGUCUGGCAGCCCCAGGCCAGAAUCUGUGGGGUCAACACCGACUUUUCCCCUUUAAGACGUGACCCCAUUUUGCCUUUCAGUCUCCUGCUUUGUCUUUCAGUAGUUCCUCACCAGCGUGGAACCGAACACCAACUGACUUGACGAGAUGCUGCCUUACUGACACACUUCUGUCCCAAUCAGACAGAACAACAGAGAAAGUCUUUAAACUGCUUUGUACCACGCUGACACACAAAUACACACAUUUUAACACAGAGGCGCGGUAGGGAGUGGGACACACCACCACCACCACCACGACUACAAAAACAAAAAAAAGCCCAAAUGACAUUCAGGAAAAAAAAAGAAAAAGAAUUGUGGGUCAUUAUUUUGGCUUGUGGGCCAGAUGCCUCAACGAUGAGUUUCAAAAGAAAAUAUGCAACAACUGCCAUGUCGCUUCCUCUGGACUGGUUGGCAAGAAAAACAGUCACCUCAGCAGAUCUGCAGAAGCAGACACCACGUGUGGAGAGCUCGGGAGGCGGGAAACGCUGUCCGACACACACGCACACACACUGGCUAACCUCAGACUCAGAGGGUCGGUGGUGGUGACGGUGGCGGUGGCGGUGCUGCUGCAGCUGAGGGCAAACACUCACACACACAAACACCGCAGAGCAGACUCCUCCCGACCGCUGGAACGUUAAGAUCGGCCUUGUGUGUGCAUUUCAGCAAAGGGCGGUGUGGUUUUGUCACAUGCCGGCGUAACAAUCCCAACACACAAAAAUCACAAACCGGCAAUAGAAAGGACUAUUUUUAUGGCAACACACUCAACUAACAGCACAUUACUGACAAUAUACGACAUGUGUAACCUAACCCCAUGUUAAUGACCGUGUUUGCAGAGUCCGACAACCAGCAUGCACUAAUUGUCUCUUCCUCUGCAGUUCCACCUUAAUGUCUACGCUGCGUUGCCCAUAGCAACCCAGCAGCACACACACACACACACACACACACUCUCACGCACACAAGGUGGUGUGUAUUAUGUGUGUCAUUGUUACGAAAUGAUAAGAGGUCUUUGACUUGAGUCACUGUAUGCAAAAAUUUUAAUUUGCGAAUGUCUUUUUUUCUUCUUCUUCUUGUUUUCUGGUUAAUUUAUAAUCCAGUUGUAUUUUUGUUAUCUAGCUUGAAAGGAAAAUCUAUUUAUUUUUCAGUUUCAUGUCAUAUCACCAUUGGCGGAGAGUGAUUUAGUAUUAUGGUUAAAGAAAUUGUGUUUUUUUUGUACCAAGGAAAUGUCCGCUCCGCUCUUUGACAUUAUCUGUGUGUUUCUACUUCAUUGUAACAUGACAUUAUUCACUAGGUCUCUGAUUCUAGUGGCAGCCUUGUUUGGUCAUUUGUUCUUUCUUUGCUAAUGACUACAAUUCCCAGACCACGACCAAAGGGGUUUGCCCUUCAUGUGUAGAGAGAACUACAAAUAUGAAUGACAGGAGACGCGGGCAGAGUGGACCAAUGAGAGCGGGUGUCCUCCCUCAUGUCCCUCCCAGCGUCUCUUCUUCUAGGCUUUUUUUCAAAUGUCCCGUCAUUGACGUGGCUGAGUUGUCUCUGUGUUAUCUCAGUGUAAGAGAGGAAGUUUAUGAAAAACUAAUGAAAUUACAGUAAGAAAGAAGAAGACAUCUUAAGGUGAUUUUUAUUUAUUUAUUGUCUCUCUGAGGGGAGGGGGAUUUGGGGCGCAGGAGACGAGUCCUCCACUUUUUGAUGCUGUGCUACUCUCAGUGUGAUGAUGACAACAUGGAGGGAGGGUGGGGUGUUACUAGGAGUCAGUUGUGUAAAAGUAAAACAAAAAACUAAAAUUAUAAACAAUUUUUUGUUCUGUUUUUGUAUUAAAAUAUGCUUGCAGUAAAA